GUUAAGCAUAUUUUUCAUAACAUAUGAUCUGCUAAAUUUAACUAUUUGUUUUUCUCCUCCAACAGCAUACACUUGCUGCUGGCAAUGCCAUACACAAAGUUCCCUCAAUGUAUAACAGUUUCGACACAGGUGGGAUAUUUCAUUUGCUCUGCGCCUAAAAACAAACCAAUAAAUGUGUCAAACAGAGAAUGCAAUUUCUUGCUGCUUCUUCCCGUUUCGUACGCGUAUCGUGUGUGUUGUACUUUUCCUCAUCGUCGUUGUUGAAAUUAAAAAUCUAUUGUUUUUAACUUCAUACAUUUUCUGUUUUUCGAACGAACACAAAAGCACAAAACAACGAAAUUGUUUCUUCCUCGUAAUCGCCGACAACGUAAAAUCGUUAAAUUACUCGAAAAUGUGGCCCAAACGAAUUGUGAACAACGAAUUUUUCGCCGUGUGUCGGUUGUGAAUCUCGGAACAAACGAAUAAACGAACAAAUCGACAAAAGAAAAAUUAAUCGAGUCAACUUUUAGGCGUAUAUACGUCAGCUGAAAGCUGAAAUCUGCAAGCUGCUAAUAGUGUGGAAGUGAAUUAGUGAGACGACCGAACUCACCGAAAGCGCACGACAAUCACACGCAAUACUUAAGUAUCCAUUGUAAGAGGUGAAGUGUAAUCAUUUAGCUGGUGUGAAGUGAAAUAAGCAAUUCAAAAGAUGGCAAGCAUUAGCUGAAGUGAACAAAUUUAAAGCGUAUAUAAGAACAACAGAAACAUAGUAAAUAAUUUUAUUAAAAAGUAAUUUAAGUAAAUUAUUGAAAGCAAACAGUGUUUUAUAAAGCAGAAAGAAAGCAAGCAAACACGGGCGAUACUUGCUUUACUUUCACAAAAGCUUUUCGAAACUCCCGUUGUACAACGUCUCAACGCCUCAACGCCUUCACCGACAUCAACAACUAUCGCCUUUGGCAAACUACCGCAUCGCUAGUCGAAUUGUAACUCAGCAUCUGAGCAGUUGUCACGAUGGCCGAUAAAGGAAAGGAACCCCCCAAAAAUACGGAACAAAAGAACCAAGUGACCCGCGCCAUGCCCGAACAGAGCAAUGACUAUCGCGUUGUUGUGUUUGGUGCCGGUGGUGUGGGUAAGAGCUCGCUGGUCUUACGUUUUAUUAGGGGCACCUUCCGCGAAACGUACAUACCGACCAUUGAGGACACCUAUCGGCAGGUGAUUAGUUGCAAUAAAAAUAUUUGCACACUGCAAAUAACGGACACAACAGGCUCACACCAAUUUCCGGCUAUGCAAAGACUGUCGAUAACCAAGGGUCACGCGUUCAUAUUGGUCUAUUCGGUGUGCUCCAAGCAGAGUUUAGAGGAGCUGCGACCAAUUUGGCAGAAUAUUAAAGACCUUAAGGGGCCGGACGUAGUUAAUAUACCGGUGAUGUUGGUGGGCAAUAAGAACGAUGAAAGCACUGAGCUACGUGAGGUGACACAAGCCGAGGGGCAGGCACAGGCCACCGCCUGGGGCAUAUCGUUUAUGGAGACAUCGGCCAAAACCAAUCACAACGUCACCGAAUUAUUUCAGGAGCUGCUCAACAUGGAAAAGUCGCGCAUAGUGUCGCUGCAGUUGGAUGUCAAAAAGCAUAAGAAGCAGAAGAAGGAGAAGAAGGUCAAAGAGAGUAAUGGUGCUAUACCGGAAAACGGCGAGGGAGCAGCCGGUGCCAAGGAGAAAUGUCAACUCAUGUAAGGCUGUCAGCGUGUAGCGUAACGUCUUCACGCGUCAACUGCGCUUAGCAGAGGUAACGGUGUUGUCGGAGUUAGUGAAUGAAUGGCCGCGUUGAAGGCCCAACUUGCGCCUUACCGAAAAUGCAAGUGUUGGUAAAAGCGCCAGCGGCACUCGGGCAAGCUUGUUGACAAUUAUACUCGUUUUGAAUUCACUUCAAAUUAGCUUUAAAAACAAAACAAUUUUAACUUAUACUCAAAUGUUACAUAUUUUAGCUAUUUAUUUAUAUUUAAUAGUAAUUUAGGCUAAUCAAGUGCAUAUUACACAAUUAUUUAAGCAUUAUAGGUGUAUAUACCUAUAUAUGUAUAUACAUAUAUACAUUAUAUAUACUGCAUAUAGCUGCAUGUAGAGUGCAUUUGUAAAUUUUCAUAUAUGUUGUUAAGAUUUAUUAGAGCAAACCAAAGAGAUUUUCAGGGGCCAUUUCACAAUUACAUAGAAAUACAAAAUAAUUUUUGCACACCGAGUGGUGAAGGAAGUGCAUGCAAAGAAAAAAUUCGUGAAAAGUACAUUGAUAUCCAUAUGUACUUGCAGAGAAGUUUGCUAAAAGUUCAUAAAUAUUUUUAUUUUUCAAAGCAAGCUCUCAAUGCGCCAAGAAACUAAAAUAAAUAUGUAGCGUCAUUUCAUUGAGUCUUUAUUGCAGAGCGCAAGCCGGCAAAGAUUUUGAAUUCCGCUUUCUCCAACAUAGAAAUUAAUACUUUAAAUAAUUUUUACAAAUAUUAUUAUUUUUUAGAUGAGAUUUUUCCAAAAAAAAAG